AUGCCCGGCACAGCCAUCCUCAGCCAAGGCGUCGGCUACGGCGUCGUCUUGGGAAUCGGAUGCUUCUUCACGCUCCUCAUGAUCGGCCUCACCAAGCUGCAGACGCGGUACACGCCCAUGAAGAUGACCAGCAUCUCUGAAUUCGCCUCCGCCUCGCACUCAGUCAAGCCCGGCCUCAUUGCUUGUGCCAUCGUCUCGUCGUGGACUUGGGCUGCAACAUUGCUCCAGUCUUCGGCGAUGGGUUACAAAGUCGGAAUUUGCGGACCAUACGCCUACGCUGCUGGAGCGACUGUCCAGAUCUUCAUGUUCGCCGUCAACGCUGCCAAGAUCAAGAUGAACGCGCCCAAGGCUCACACAUUCCUCGAGGUCAUCCGCGCACGCUGGGGCACCAUCCCGCACGUCGUCUUCACCUUCUACGCCUUCGCCACCGCCUUCCUGGUCAGCUCCAUGCUGAUCACGGGUGGCUCUGCGACCGUCACCGACCUCACCGGCAUGAGUACCUGGGCGGCUUGCUGGCUCAUCCCGCUCCCCGUCGGCGCCUACACUCUCGUCGGCGGUUUGCGAAGCAGUCUCCUCGCGGACUUCAUCCACACCUUCUUUCUCUUCGUCAUCAUCCUGCUCUUCAUGUUCGAGGUCUUCGUCACGAACGACAAAAUUGGCUCGCCGAGCAAGAUGUACGACUUGCUCGUCCAGGCUGGUCAAGACUGGCCGGUUACCGGUAACAAGGACGGAUCGUACCUCACCUUCUCCUCCAAGACCGGCAUGGUGUUCAUGGUCAUCAACUUGAUCGGCAACUUCGGACACUCGCGGAAUCUUAAGCUGACCUUCCCAAACUUGUCCUGCUCGCUCCGCUGUUCGUCACCUUCGCGUACGCCUGCGACAUCAAUAGACUGGCAACGCGCCAUCGCCAGUGUACCGAGCACGGCCGUGAAGGGAUACAUGCUCGGCGGUAGCGCAUGGCUCUCGAUUCCGCUCGGAAUGGCCGCUACUCUCGGCUUGUCGGCAGUUGCCCUCAAGUACGACCCGAGCUAUCCGAACUACCCUAUCGGCCUUACUCCCGCCGAAGUCUCUGCUGGCUUGCCCGCGGCCGCCGCUGCGCAGACCCUCCUCAAAGCCGGCGGCGCCGCUGCACUCCUCGUCGUGCUCUUCCUCGCCGUCACCUCGGCUACCGCAGCUGAACUCUGCGCCACUUCUACGGUCAUGACGUACGACAUCUACCUUCCCUACAUCCGACCGACCGCCUCCGAGAAGGAACUCCUCCGCGUCGACCACAUUGGCAUCGUGAUCUGGUGCCUCGUCAUGGCGAUCAUCGGCUGGCUCGUCGCUGCCGCCACCCUGAACGACGGGGCUGUCAACAUGGAGACGACAUUCCAGGACUACCCCAUGCUCACCGGCAACGUCCUCUCCAUCGGCAUCGCCUCCAUCAUCGCCUUCACCGGCUCGCUCAUCUGGCCCGAGAACUACGACUGGGUCGAGACUCGCGCCUUGCACGCCCACACCGAAGCGUCCGAGAUCGUCCCCGAGUCGCCGGUCGAAGGCCUCGACGACGACUCGAAGAACGAGAAGGGCGUCGUUUCGCCUGACCAGGGUCGCUCGGCGGCGCCGUCCAUCGAGGGCGUCGAACUCGACACGCCUGAGCACUUGCGCAAGACGCACCGUUUUGCGACGAUCGUCGCCACGUGCAUGUUUGUCAUCCUGAUGAUCCUCAUCCCCGUCCCGCUCGCCGCGUCCGGCUGGAUCUCGACCAAAGUCGGCUUCACAACCUACGUCGUCAUCGCCUUCAUCUGGGUCUUCUACGGUGCCUUCGCCGUUUGCAUCUACCCGAUCUGGGAGUACCGCAAGAGCCUUGCGACCAUCUUCGGGCACAUCUGGGCGGACGUGACCGGCAAGGGCAAGAAGUGA